AUGGACCAGCCCAAGCUCCAGAUCGUGGAGGCCAUCAUCGCCUUGGAUCAGACUAACGUCGCGGACGUCCUCCGAAAGGCCUUCAAACUAAUCGCCGACUGUUACGAAGCCGAGAUGAUGGACGAAUCUCUCGCAGGCGCAAGACACCUUCUCGAAAACUACUCGAUCCCACCUUACUUGUGCUUAAAGUUGUGCAUUGUUAUCAGCGCAUCAUCCAACAACUGGCCGUAUGCCGAGGAAUAUCGCCUACGAGCAGAGAGGCUGUAUACAAGCGUUUGCGGAACACCCUACCUCAGCAGCAGGCCUGACGUGGAUCUCGAAGGUACACGCAAAGAACUGGACAUCUUGUCCGCGUAUCAGCUCGACAACCCACCCACCUUUCGCCCAACCCUGCCACAGUCCCUCGUUCUCCCCAGCAAUGACUCGAUGCUUUCGGAUGACGAUACCGAAGAAGAGGAGGAGCAGCUGGAUGAGGUUCGCGAUGAGUGCGCUGGAGCCGACGAACUGUAUGACUACGGUGAUAUGCCCGGUUAUGUGAAUGCCCUGGAAGACAUCUUGCACAACUACAAGCACAUGUCACCUCUCGUCAAGCUGAGAACUUGUCUCUUGAUUGCGUCGGUGACCGACUUUCCCAGCUGGGCCAUAUCUCGUCGCGAAGAGGCCGAACAGCUUUGGCGAGAGCAAAAGGAGUUCUUUGGCGCAGAUAUGCCGGCCGAUGUCCAGUCAUUCCUUCAGGCCGCGCGCGUCCAACUCGAUGAGCUCGCUCAAGACCAAUUGGAGACCGGCAGUACUUCGGCAGACGAUCCGGUUGAAAACGCCGCUUUGAGCAACGCGACCGCCGAGUUAUCACGCAUCCGACUUGAAGAUUAG